GGGUGGUGCGGCUCCACUGCUGAGUAAUGUGGAACCAACUGCCAGAGCCAAUGUGGCAGAGCGGUGGUUCAACCGCAGCCCCAACUCCCAGUGGCGGUAGUGGUGUAGGCAGCAUAAUAACUCCAGCUCUUUUCGAUCAAAUGCUAAAAUAUCGAAACGAUGCAAGAUGCAAGAGCAAAGGUUUCUACAUGCAUGAAGCUUUCAUCGCUGCGGCUCAAUCCUUUAAUGGAUUUGGCACCACUGGUGACAUCAAUACUCGGAAGAGAACAAUCCUCCUGCUUAUUGCAACAAAGUAUCCAGGAAUCAAGUACAAUGAAAUAAUUGUGGAUAACUGCUGUAUGCAGCUGGUAUCAAAGCCUGAGCAAUUUAAUGUCAUGGUAUGUGCUUCUGCAGGAAAUGUUGGCAAUGAGAAAUUGGUGGAACAAAGGAAAGCAAAUCCUGUGGCUCUGCUUCUCUCAUCUGCCAUGAUGUUGAGACAUCUCCAGUUUCCAUCAUUUGCUGAUCGAUUAGAAACUGCUGUCAAAAACGUAAUUUCAGAGGGUAAGUUCCGCACAAAGGACCUUGGAGGCUCCAGCACCACCCAAGAAGUUGUUGAUGCAGUCAUAGCUGCAUUAGACUGAAUGCAGAGACAGUUAAAGUAGUCACUACCUUACAUAAAGAGACUGACAAUACGUUGUGGGAUUUACCAACCCACACUCCCAAUUUUACAUUACAUUUAUAUCUAUUUUUGUUUUAUUUUCUCACCAUCAUAAUUGAAAUCAUGUCUAAAUAAUCUCAAUACGAAAUGAAAGGAGGAAGUUUUC